UUGACUGCAGGUCUCCAGAGCAGCCAAUCAGCAUCACCCUGGCUCCACCUUACAAAUGUCUCCACUAGACCCGCCAAGAUUCAAAUGCUCAGCUCCCUCUAGGGCACAGGUGAUGCCACCAGCUCUCCUGCUGCUGCUUUUGCUGUCCCUGGCCCUGGCAGAGACCUGGGCAGGCUCCCACUCCCUGAGGUAUUUCUACACCGGGAUGUCCCGGCCCGGCCCCGGGGAGCCCCGCUUCAUCGCCGUGGGCUCCGUGGACGACACGCAGUUUGUGCGGUUCGACAGCGCCGCGGCGGGGCCGAGGAUGGAGCCGCGGGCGCCCUGGAUGGAGCAGGAGGGCCCGGGGUACUGGGAGGAGGAGACGCAGAGCGCGAAGGCCACAGCGCAGACGUUCCGAGAGAACCUGCUCACCCUGCGCGGCUACUACAACCAGAGCGCGGCCGGCUCUCACACCCUCCAGAGGAUGUCUGGCUGCGACGUGGGGCCCGAAGGGCGCCUCCUCCGCGGGUACAGUCAGUUCGCCUACGACGGCGCCGAUUACCUGGCCCUGAACGGGGAUCUGCGCUCCUGGACCGCGGCGGACAUGGCCGCUCAGGUCUCCCGGCGCAAGUUGGAGGCUGAGGAAGUGGCUGAGCGCUUCAGGAACUACCUGGAGGUCACAUGCAGGGAGUCCCUGCGCAGGUACCUGGAGCACGGGAAGGAGACGCUGCAGCGCUCAGAUGCCCCAAAGAUACACAUGACCCACCACCCCACCUCUGACCAAAAGGUCACCCUGAGGUGCUGGGCCCUGGGCUUCUAUCCUGCGGACAUCACCCUGACCUGGCAGCGAGAUGGGGAGGACCUGACCCAGGAUACUGAGCUGGUGGAGACCAGGCCUGGGGGGGACGGAAACUUCCAGAAAUGGGUGGCUGUGGCGGUGACUUCUGGAGAGGAGCAGAGAUACACGUGCCAUGUGCAGCAUGAGGGCCUGCUGGAGCCCCAAGUCCUGAGUUGGGUGCUACCUCCUCAGCCCACCGUCCCUAGUGACUCCACAAACCCCACCGGGGGUGUCAUUGCUGGCCUGGUUGUCCUUGGAGCCGUGCUCACUGGAGUUGCUGUGGUGCAGCUGUGAUGUGGAGGAAGAAGUGCUGAGGUAGGGAAGGGAGUUGGGGGGAUCAUGUCUACUGGGAGCCUUUCAGGACACAGGUAAUACUUGCCAUACCUGGUAAUAGGAAGUAUUACCUAUUACCUAAUAGGAAGUAUAACCUAUUACCCACACACUUGUGUUGAGCAGUCUGGAGCUUAUUGCUAACCCUCUUUUGUAAAGCAUUUUUGAAAAUGAAUCACAUUGUUCAUAAUUGAUAACAAUGAAUUUGCUAAUUCUGGUGAUGGAGCCCUGAUUCCAGCAAAUGGCAGAGGGGAAGGUCCCUGCUAAGGGAAGACCCCAGGAUGCAGUUGACCAGUCCCCUCUCAUCUCUUUCUUCAUAUUUCCUGGUCUUACCAUAAGUGCCCAGUCAUAAUUCUGGAAACUUCCCUGUGGUCCAGACUUAGGGAUUCCAUUAUGGCUUCAUAGCCUGACUGCUCCCUGUUCUCACAUGAUGCUUCUUCCCUUAGGCCUGAGGAAGCUACAUUCAAGCUACAGAUAAGUGUGGAUCAGGGGUUUUGUCCCUGAACCCCUGUGGACAGUGUAGAUGUAGCAGCAGAAGGCAUCUGUCGUUGUCCCCACAAGGCCCAGGGUGUCCCCUGCACACAGGAGUCUGGUGAGAUGAAUUUCCAGACUCAUCUGAUUUUUGGCCACAUUUAGGACUUUCUUGAUGAUUCUUUCCAUCUUUUCCAACAAAAUUCUGAUAUUACUAGAGAGGAGGAUUUGAUAGUUUUCUGAGCUAACCCACAUAUGGCACAACAGACCUCUCCUGUUUUGCCCGCUGCUCCCCUUAGCAGUAUAUUUCAGUAAAUACACCUGUUCUGCUCCCCACUUUGUCUCUGGUGAAUCCUCUCACUAACCCCACCCACGCACUCCUGACCUACACCCCAGUUCAUCUACGCAAAAAUAAAUAAAUCUUAAAAAAAAAAACACUUAGGAACCACUUUUCAAAAGAAAUACACCUGUGUAAUGUGCCACAUUAGUAAAGACACUGUCUCUAGAACAGGGAGGUGCUCUCCACUGAUGGCACAACUGAUAACUGUUGCACAAGGUGUGUGACUGUUUAUGCAACUAGGAAACCUCCAUGAACUAAAAACAUGCACAACUUGCAGUCUGUGGAGAGUGUGUCCUAGUGGGGAGGGGAGACUGGGGACUGUGUGACAGUAGAUCAGACAGUAAACCACGCGUGUCUGGUAAGAAGUGGGUACGGGAUGUGGGAAGGUAACCAGAGUCAGUGUGUGAGGACAAGAUGGUUUUCUUCCCAGCGUGGUCAGUGUUGGUAUCACUGAAGUGACCUUCGAGGAAAAGUUUGAUGGACACGUUGCCCAUGAAGAUGUGAUGUGCAGGGAAGUUCAGUCCUGGCAGAACAAUCUCCAAUGCAGAUGCUGAGCAGGAAUGUGUCUGUAGGACUGACAUGAGCAAGGAGGCCAAGGGAUGAGCAGAGGCCAAUUGAGAUGGGGUAUGUGUGCACCCAGGUCAUUCAGGCCGUAGGAUGUUGGGAGGAUUUGACUCUCUAAGUAAGAUGUGGGUGACAAGAUCUUCUGAACAGACACCUGUGGGACUGAUCUCUGGUAGCUCAGUCUGGCUGCUGUGCAGCAUGGAAGGGUGAGAAGUGGGAAGAGAAAUGUAAGAAACCAGUGCAGGCCCUAGGACAGAGAGGUUGGUGACUCGUUGGGGGUGAGCAGGGAAAUAAUAGGAAGUGAUAGGACUGUGAAUAUGUAGACAUGGACUUUACAGUGUUUCCUACUGCUGGGCUGUGAGAAAGGGGUCAAGGAUGACACUCAGUGUCUCAGACUGUGCAGGCAGAGAGGCGGAGCCUCAGUGACAUGGGGAAGACCCCAGAAGACCCAUAUGUGGCAUCCCAGGCAUUCACUUUAGAAAUGUUGAAUCAGAUCUAUUAGAAUUGAAAGUGAUGUUGGCAGUUGGACAGACAAGUCUGGGGCACAGGUGAAAUGUCUGAGGUAAGAAACAUCUUGGAGGUGAUGUGAUAUAAAUGAUAUUUAAAGUCUUGAGCAUGUAAGUGUCACCCAGAAAGUGAUGAUCAAGCAAGAGAAAGGAGCCGAAUUGAACCCCAGAUUCCACAGUGGUGAGCAAUCUGAGCAGAUGCCCCCCAGAGCCAACUGCACAGUCUGACCCCACAUGGAGAAGACAUGGAUCCCAGGGAGCCCCCACUUGAGUGAGCACAGGAGUCACCUGGAUGCUCUUGAAGACUCAGAAGGUCUAGAACAGAGCCUGAGAGUCCGUUAUUUGGCCCCUCCCCUCACCCUAGGGAUGGAGAAUUUGGGGCUGAUGCUCAGAAAGAGGCACUUUCAUCCCUGGAACAGGAACAGAUAGCAGGGACUCUGGAGUCCAAGUUCCCAUCCAAAGAGAUUGAGGGAAUCUAUAUAAUUUGGGGACCCAGAACUGGGGGAGCAACUGUUAUGACCUAGGCACCUGGGUCUUCCCUGAGGCCUGUACCCAUAGUUACCCACUAGGGUGUCAAUUUGAGGACCCCUUACGUGACAUUGUACCUGUCCUGCUGCUGGGACCCCAGGGAGCCCUGGCUGAGAGUAGGAGAAAGGGUUAAUUUUCUCCAUUACCUGUGUUUGUCUGUUAUUGAAGCCCUGUAUUUUUUAAUUUGUUGUUAAUAUUUUUGAUCCUGGUUCUAACUGUAAGAGCAUCAUAUUUUCUCAGUCUUUAUUCUGUUCCUGACUUACAUCAUGCAUUUUUUUUUGUUUGUUUAAGUUCAGUGGUGUGAUAACUGUUCACUUGAGCUCCUCUUCAGGCAGAUGCCACAGUCUGCUGGGUUGAGACUUCUCUCAGGGUUUUGGUUGUUGUUUGCGCCAGCAUUUGUAAUUUGUUUUUCUUUAUCUUUGUAGUGUUUAUAGCAGGGACCAGGGCUAAAUUGUAGACUGCACCCUUUGUACUGUUUGGGUAACAGGAGAACUGUCACUGACAAGGAGUGGUAGGGGGAAGGACCCAGGGCCUGAAGAAUCAGCUCCAGUGAGUGUCAGGGACUCAAGCUUCCUCCUGUGCUGUAGGUACCACAGUUGUGGGGAGGGGUCCACAGUGAUACCCUCCUCUAGGUGAACUCCUCACCCUAAAUAUCUUGAAUAGCCUUGUGCUAACCUCAACCCCCUUAUGCUAACCUCAAAGCU